AUGGCAGGUGAACCAACAACUGAGUCAGCUCAGAAUCUAAAUCAAAACCACUUUAAUAUUCAACGAGGCUCUGCAAGUAGCAACGGGCAAGCUGAGUGGUGUGGAAAAUUAUACUCUAUGGAAUCGGUCAAUCAAACUAGCUCUGUUAGGAAGAAACAAGCUAGGUUUAGUGGAUGGAACAUGCAGGAAAAAAUGUAUACUGAAGAACCGUGGGGUCAAUGGGAAAGGGUGAAUGCUGUUGUCCUGUCAUGGCUAAUGAAUGCAGUUUUGAAAAGCCUACUUAGUGGAAUAGCAUUUGCUUCAAAUGCUCUGGAUGUGUGGACUAAUCUGGAAGAGAGGUUUGAUAGAGUAGAUGGAUCACUAACCUACAGUUUGCACAAAGAAAUUGCUACUCUACAGCAGGGGACUGCUUCUGUGGCUGUAUACAACACAAAGCUAAAGGCCUUGUGGGAUGAGUUUGAAGUUUUGGUGCCAUCACCUUGCUGUAAAUGUGAGAAAUUCAGAGGAUUUGUAGCUCAUAUGAACAGACAAAAGCUAUAUCAGUUCUUAAUGGGACUAAAUGAUUCAUAUCACCAAGCUAGGAGUUAG